GCUCUUUUGAGUUUGUAGGUAGUUGCCGUCUCAUCCAUAUUGAACGGGCGACGAGUUCUGUAGUAAAAAGGGCAGAGACACGUAAGACAGCUGAGGGGACCGUAAGUGCGACCAUGGAGAAGUAGCGAACGACACCAGGGACUUUUCUUACUACCAUCCAUACCUACCUACUCCUGCCCAUACCUAUCCUCUUCUUCUUGCUUUACUUCUUCCGUUCCGUUGCAUCAAGACUUGGGCGGCCGGCACUACUGCUGCUGAGAAGUAGGAGGUAUAGCCCAGCCACACCUAGAGGCGCGAAUCGCAGCGACGGAGGUGUGUGUGUUUUCUGUGAAGAGGAAGUUACAACCUUCCAUUCUUUCGCCUCGGUGCAAGUCUGUACACUCACUCAGUAAUCGUUCCAUAGAGGUGAGUGAGCAGGCCCAAACCCCCAAACCACUCCUGCACUUCGGUCCGGUUCAUACCCGACAUCAUCUCCUGUUAUCUGUCAUGCGUCUUUCAAUCUGCGCCUCCUCCAUCGGGUACUUGGUGAUCGCUGCAUUUUCUCUGCACCUUUCAAGCUGACAGUUGCAGCAAGACCAGGCCUACCUACCGACAGCCAGUACCUACGAGGUGGAUGCGCCAAGGUAGACGUCCGAAGCUUCAAACAUUCUCGCCAUCACUUGCUUACGACGCCGGCCAUUCGAGUCUCCAAGCACCUAGCGACGAGGCGCGACACCAUUCCAAUUCUUCAAAUUGCGCGAAACCCUUCAUUGGGACCUUCAACAACAUCGUCUCUACUAGUUUGAUCACCGACAUCACAUCAGCGGAUUCCAGCAGGGGGUUAACCACAGGGCAACCGUCCGCGCUGGUCUACUCAUAGCUCGCUUACUCCCUAGAGUAUUGAAUCACCUUCGACUGGCGUUUACAACGAAAACUCAAAACUGGCAGCAGCGAGAUAGACGACCAGCAACACCGGCCGAAGAGCUUCCAAAUCAAACAGGCGACACAGGCUAGCGGAAGCCGCGACCGAAUAUUAUCAGUGACCAUGGCAGGAAACAAUUCAGGGGGUGGGAGUUACCCAUUAGACGACCAUGUGAAAAGCGUGGCACGCGAUCUACAGCAUAGGUUUGCGCAAAUGUCAAACCGGGAUCAGAAAUUCGACCUACAUGUCAUACCCGAUCUUCUUUCACAACCAGUAGUCCCCGAGCCGCCCGCGCAAGACGACAAGGAGGCCCAGAAUUUCGAAAAAUACCUAAUAGCAAUGUCGCAUAUACCCCUAAACUACGAGAAUCCCGGCCUCCUGGACGAGGCGUUACAGCAAAUCCCACUCGAUAGGUUAUCGCAGGAGGCAGAAGAGGAGGUGGAACUUUUCCAAGCGAAAGCCGCAAGCCUGGGAAGAUCAAAACCGGAAUGGAGUCAUCAAGAGUGUAUGGUCAGGGCCCUGCUUAGGUGGUUUCGCCGAUCAUUCUUCACCUUUGUGAAUAAUCCUCCAUGUUCCGAAUGCUUGUCGCCCACCAACAAAAUCCGUAACGUUGCGCCUACACCAGAGGAAAGAGCCCAUAGUGCGACAUGGGUCGAGCUGUACGCGUGCGUCACGUGUGGGGCAUAUGAACGAUUCCCACGAUAUACGGAGGCAUGGCAAUUACUACGAGUAAAGCGUGGAAGGGCUGGCGACUUUGCCAACGUCUUCACCAUGCUUUGCCGAGCUCUUGACAUCCGAGCUCGCUGGGUGUGGUGCCAGGAAGACUACCUGUGGACCGAAAUUUACUCUGAGCAUCAACAACGAUGGGUUCACGUCGACAGUUGCGAAGAGGCUUGGGAUAUGCCCCACAUGUACUAUAAGAACUGGGGCAAAAAGAUGUCCUACGUUAUUGCCUUUUCGCGCGAGGGCGCGGUCGAUGUUACCAGGCGGUACGUAGGGUCACCGGACGCCCUGCUCCCACGCACACGCUGCCCCGAAGGCGUCCUCAAGUUCAUCAUGGAGGAAAUCACCAACCUGCAUCGGCCAAAGUACGCCCCGGACGGAGAGACCCGCCUGCGGCUCUAUCGGGAAGAUGUAGCCGAAGACGUGCAGCUUCGUUCGUUGUGGUCGGCUACCCUGGAACAGAGUCGGAGGUUGAAGGCGGCCGCUGCGGCUGCUGCUCGGGGUGGCCGCAGUAGCCCCGACAACAAGAGCGGCGCCAACAUGAUGGGCUCGCCAGCGACGGGCGACAUCAAACGACCCAUCCCUGAGGAUGCACCUGUUCCUGAUGUCCCUUCACUCUGGCCGACGUAUGGACCUUGACGGCAUGGUAUUUGUUCGGACACAUCUUGAAUAGAUAGCAGUCAUCAUCUUCACGUCGUUUAAUACCUCUCCCCCGUUUUAUCAGAAGGAAAGGAGGCAUGCAAUGUCAUCAAUCUUUUGUUUGUUAUAUAUUAUACAUAUACCCUGUGUCAUGUCAUGUUCAAGAAAGAUUUAUGUGGAUUUAUUCGGAGGGAGGCAUCAAGACUACUUGGUAGUGAUGGGUUGGAAAAGUUGCGCCCUUGGGGGGCUUUUGGGCUGGAGUAGGGAGUUUCUCGAGACUUGUGGGAAUUUUUAGGCACAUCUGAUGAGUGAGGGCCUAGUCAAAUUUUUGAACCACCAGCCUCUGUGUAUCAUGCUGUUCAAAACUUCACGAUUGCUCGCGUAUG